ACAGCCCUCGGAAAAAAGGUAGAAAAAAAUAACUAAAGAACCGACAAACAUGCGAGUCAAUUCGUGCCAAUGACAACAAAACCAUUGGUGAUCUCAGAUGCGACCAUACACCUCACCGUUACAGGUGGUACAGGAUAUGAUUUCAGGAGGCAAGAGAUCUGGGGUGUCUGAAGUUCUGUAAACAAGCAACAAAAUCUGCUCUAUAAAACCGUGACAUGGAGGAUGAACGGCUGAAGAAAUAACUUGCGAAGGAAAAGGUACCAGUCUCCACCGCGUCACCUCUCUAGCAUCACAGAACACAAUGAAAUAACGUCGGACGCCGAGGAUGAAAUGCGUUGAAGUUGAGACUGAAGAAACGCAAUGGCGGUGAAGAGCUGUGACACGAAAAUAUAAACGGGAAAAGUUCGCCGGCAUCCUUGAGUACUGAGUAAGUGAACUGAGAGGAAGAGUUAUAAAUGCUGAGAAAGUACAUUAUCUCUGCUGCUGAGAUAUAACUAAAGAGGAAGGUACUACUGUACUUGACACGGAGAAGAAACUUUUUGUAAAGUGUAGGAGUCAUGGCUUCAGAGGAAUCUACCGGGCUGGCCAAAUCUGCAGCUGUGAAAUUAUCCGAAAUGGGCCAAAGAACUAAACAGCUCGGUACAGCUAUGCAAGACCCUAAUCGGCAAAGACGGAUUAUUUUAGUGAUUGUCUGUGUCGCACUUCUGUUAGAUAACAUGCUGUACAUGGUUAUUGUGCCGAUCAUACCCGAUUACCUUGCUGAUCUCGAAAGCGAACAAUCAGAACACGCCCAUGUAGCUGUGCACUCAAAUUCCUCAAGCAACUAUACAAGCCCGGGUAAAGUAUCCAGGGAUAACUUAGAUUUGCAAAUCGGAGUUCUUUUUGCGUCGAAAGCCAUUCUACAGCUUCUAGUUAACCCCUUGUCAGGAACAUUCAUAGAUCGUGUCGGAUACGACAUUCCACUUUUGAUUGGACUCACGGUCAUGUUCUUCUCAACCUGCAUAUUUGCCUUUGCCGAAAACUAUGCUACUCUGUUCGUGGCCCGCAGUCUGCAGGGUCUCGGGUCAGCUUUCGCAGAUACUUCUGGAAUUGCCAUGAUUGCUGACAAGUACACAGAGGAAGCAGAGAGGAGUCGAGCCCUCGGCAUCGCAUUGGCAUUCAUCUCGUUUGGAAGCCUAGUGGCGCCCCCAUUUGGGGGCAUUUUGUACGAAUUUGCGGGUAAAAGUGUCCCGUUCAUCGUGCUGGCAUGCGUUUGCUUAGCAGACGGUAUUUUGUUAUUGACUGUAAUUAAACCAUUCUCCAAUAGGACUAGAGAAAACAUGCCCGUCGGCACCCCUAUUUACAGGCUCAUGAUGGAUCCCUAUAUCGUCGUGGUGGCCGGGGCGUUGACAGUGUGUAAUAUCCCCUUGGCCUUUCUGGAACCCACAAUAGCCAACUGGAUGGAAAGCACCAUGAAUGCAUCGAAAUGGGAAAUGGGACUCACCUGGCUACCGGCCUUUUUCCCUCAUGUUCUGGGCGUUUAUAUUACUGUGAAGUUAGCGGCCGAAUACCCCAACUUGCAAUGGUUUUAUGGAGCUCUCGGUAUGGUUAUCAUUGGCGCUAGUUCAUGCACUGUACCAGCCUGCAAAAACUUUGGACAGUUAAUCGCCCCACUGUGCGGCAUCUGUUUCGGCAUUGCUCUCGUGGACACUGCCCUUCUGCCCACACUCGCAUUUCUGGUAGACGUGCGUCAUGUCUCAGUAUACGGCAGUGUCUAUGCUAUCGCUGACAUCUCCUACUCUGUCGCUUAUGCCAUGGGACCAAUCGUUGCAGGUCAGAUUGUUCAUAACCUCGGUUUUGUGCAACUCAAUCUGGGCAUGGGUCUCGUCAAUGUACUGUACGCACCCGCUCUCCUCCUGCUCAGAAAUGUGUGCCAAAUGAAACCGUCCUAUUCUGAGAGAAACGUUCUCCUGGAAGAGGGACCCCAGGGACUGUAUGAUACCAUAAAGAUGGAGGAGCGUAAAGCCAAGAAGAAGGGCUAUAGUUCAACGGGUAACUGCAUGGUUAGUGAUGAGAAUGGCAUUGACACGUUCAGAGGACAUUCGAGGUCAUAUUCUGAGGAGUCAUCUGGGCCUGAAUAUAGUUAAAAUGAACAAAAACUUUACAACAUACACACCCCUUUUGUGACUACAGGAA